AUGUGUUGCUCUGGUGGGAAAGUCUUACUUCCACGUGUUCCUCCUCCACAUGAGCUUCUUCAAAUAUUUUCAGAUCAAACAUCUGAAAGUAGACAUUUUAGACAACAUAUAAGAAGUUAUAAUCAUGUCUUCUCAUUCACUUCUCUUGGUGUUCAUAUGGAUGAAACUAUAGUAGCAAAUGGUCGUGGUAUAUAUAGUUUUCGUGCUCAAGGUGCAAUCUAUCAUAGGAUAGGAGGAUUUUAUCCAAAUGAUGGGUCCAGACCCCGGUUUUUGCAGUUGUACAUUUAUGACACUGAACAUGAAUUACAAAAUAGAAUGUUGGAAAACCCUCAACUUCAUCAAACUAUUGUUCAUAAAUUGCAACAAAUAUUACACCGGUGCAAUCCUUUUGUGCAUGUAUUUCGACAACUUGCUCAAGAACCAAAUAUUCAGAUAUGUUCUUUACUCAUUAAAGAGCGUCCUGCGAAUCAACCACAGUAUAAUCUUCCAACUGCAUCUCAAGUAGCAGCUAUUAUUGGUACUGCAGACACAGAAUCAAUGGCACGUGGCCGAGAUAUUAAAGUUGUAGGUCAUGAUGGAAAUUUAAUAAACAUACAAGAAAACGUAGGAUAUUAUGAUCCUUUACAAUAUCCUUUAUUAUUUCCAUUUGGAACAUAUGGUUGGGACACCAACACAAAAAAUCAUAAUGGCCAAAAUAACUACGUUAAGAUUGAGACCGGAAGGUUACGAUGGAUUCGUAAUCAUCAAAACAACAUUCGUGCUGAAGUGUACCAAGAUACUGUUGGAAAGAGGACAAUAUUACCAUCGUCAUUUAUUAGUAGUCAUCGAGACUUGACACAACGAUAUCAAGAUGGUAUGGCAAUUGUUGCUCACAAUGGAAAACCUGAUAUUUUUCUUACAAUGACAUGCAAUCCAUCUUGGAGUGAAAUUUCUUCUGAACUACAAAAUCAACAAACUCCACAAGAUCGCCCUGACUUGCUCACAAGAAUCUUUCGAGCAAAAUUUGAGCAAUUAAAGGAAGAUGUUGUUAAUAAAGGAGUCCUCGGAAAAGUUAAUAGUUAUAUGUAUGUUACUGAAUUUCAAAAACGUGGGUUGCCGCAUGUACAUAUGCUAUUGAUCUUAGAUAAUAAUGAUAAGUUACGUGAUCCACAAGAUUAUGAUAGCAUUGUAAGGGCAGAAAUACCAAAUAAGGCAGAAGAACCACAAUUGCAUGAAGCUGUGUUGAAACACAUGAUACAUGGUCCUUGCGGAACUCUCAAUCCUAGAUCACCAUGUAUGAAGCGCAAUCAAUGCCAAAAGAGAUUUCCCAAGGAUUUCUUGGAAGAAACACGACAAGGUAAUGAUUCAUAUCCACAAUAUAGAAGACGUUUUGAUGAACCAAUUUCCAUAAAUAGAAAUGUGACUGUUGACAAUAGAUGGGUGGUUCCUUAUAAUCCUUGGUUACUCUUAAAAUACGACUGUCAUAUAAAUGUUGAGGUCUGUAGCAGCAUCAAAAGUAUUAAAUAUUUGUAUAAGUAUGUUUACAAAGGAGCAGAUCGAGUAGCAAUGGAGAUUCAUAGAGGACCAAUUAUAGAUGAAGUCCAGCAAUAUCUCGAUGCUAGAUGGAUUUGUGCUCCCGAGGCUUUAUGGAAAAUCUUCAGAUUUACAAUCUAUCGAAUGAAUCCAGCUGUUGAAAGAUUGCAAAUUCAUUUACCAAAUCGACAACAAGUGCGAUUUUAUAAGCACCAAAACAUCAAUGACGUGUUGAAUGAUGAUAACAACUCCAAAACCAUGCUCACACAAUUUUUUGCCCUCAAUCAAAGAGAUCCCCAAUCUAGAACAUUUUUGUAUCGGGAAAUUCCAUAG